AUGCUGCUGCUGGGAGCUGUUCUACUGCUACUAGCCCUGCCCAGUCACGGCCAGGAAACCACUGAAGAGCCUGGAGUCCUGGUCCGCCUGCCCAAGGGGGCCUGUCCAGGUUGGAUGGUGGGCAUCCCAGGGCAUCCUGGCCACAAUGGGACCCCAGGCCGUGAUGGCAGAGAUGGCACCGCUGGUGAGAAGGGUGAGAAAGGAGAUCCAGGUCUCGAUGGUCUUAAGGGGGACACUGGUGAAACUGGAGUGCCUGGGGUUGAAGGUCCCCGAGGCUUUCCAGGAAACCCAGGCAGAAAAGGUGAACCUGGAGAAAGUGCCUAUGUGUACCGCUCAGCAUUCAGUGUGGGCCUGGAGACCCGGGUCACCGUCCCCAAUGUUCCCAUUCGCUUUACCAAGAUCUUCUACAAUCAGCAAAACCACUAUGAUGUCACCACUGGCAAGUUCUACUGCAACAUUCCCGGGCUGUACUACUUCUCCUACCACAUCACAGUCUACUUGCAGGAUGUGAAGGUCAGCCUCUAUAAGAAGGACAAGGCCAUACUUUUUACCUAUGACCAGUUCCAGGACAAGAACGUGGACCAGGCCUCUGGCUCUGUGCUCCUCCAUCUGGAGAAGGGUGACCAAGUCUGGCUCCAGGUGUAUGGGGAUGGAGCGAACAAUGGGGUCUAUGCAGAUAAUGUCCAUGACUCCACCUUCACAGGCUUCCUUCUCUACCAUGACAUGGAAUGAGCACCACUAACUCAGAGCCUCCACUGGGCCAAGCAGCCCAAAGUCAAAGAACAGUCCACAGGUCUUCAAUGUAGUUAGGAGACUGAUUUUAUUAUCUAGCUGGAGGACUCUGGACAUUAUUCAUUCAUUCAUUCAUCAAGUACCUUUUGUAAAAAAAUCAUAUACUAUGUUCCCAGGACAGUCCUGAUGAAGACACGUCCCCUGGCCUCAAGGAUCUAUUAUGCAGUGGUAAUACUAGAAGGAUGAUGACAUUUACCAGGGAGUUUGACAUGCAUGACAAGAUAACCAACUACUAGAAAGUAUUUGGCUGUGCUAUUCUGUGCCUGAUUUGUUGUUGUUGUUGUUGUUGUUGUUGUUGUUUUAUGUUCAUGCCAACCCUGUGAAGUACAUGGGAAAGUGACUGUUCUCCUGUUUUUACACUUGGGGCCCUGACGGUGAGAGAGUUAAGUGAAUGCCAAAAGUCACACAGGCAUUAAGUGACAAAGUUACAGAUCCAGCCCAGGGCCAUGGGCCUUUUCCAGUAUACAGUGCUCAUUUUAAGGAGUGCAUGGCCUUUUGGAGGGUAUUGGUAGGGGUCUCCCAUCCAGUUCACCUGAGGGCCUUUGGAAUGGCUUCGCCAUGCACUAAGACCUUCCCCAGUAGCGCUCCCUUGGAGACUGUGGUUCUAUGACUAGGUCCCAUUCCAGCUGGACUACUCAUCAGCCCUCACUGCUC